CAUCAUAUUCUCUCUCUACAUUACAAUACUCUUUUUCUUCUUCAUCUUCUCCAGCGCCUCCUCCAUAACUCCGCGGCUUCGAUCCGAGGAGUUUUGGAAAUCUCUAAGCGUACUUUCAAUCUCUCUCUCUCUCUCUCUCUCUCUUUCGUUUCAAAGAUCUUCAUCGCUCUCAGAAAAUGGCUGGUUCUGCUCCUGAAGGUUCCCAGUUUGAUCACAAGCAGUUUGAUGCCAAAAUGAAUGAUUUGAUGGGAGAAGAGUUCUUCACAUCAUAUGAUGAAGUUUACGAAAGCUUUGAUUCCAUGGGCUUACAGGAAAAUCUUCUGAGGGGAAUUUAUGCUUAUGGUUUUGAGAAGCCAUCUGCAAUUCAGCAGAGGGGAAUUGUUCCAUUCAUAAAAAAGCUUGAUGUGAUUCAACAGGCUCAAUCUGGAACUGGAAAAACUGCUACUUUCUGCUCAGGGAUUCUUCAGCAGCUCGAUUAUGGGCAUGUUGAAUGCCAAGCCUUAGUCCUUGCUCCCACUCGUGAGCUUGCACAACAAAUUGAGAAGGUUAUGCGUGCACUUGGUGACUAUCUCGGUGUUAAGGUUCAUGCCUGUGUUGGUGGUACUAGUGUUCGCGAGGAUCAACGCAUUCUUCAGAGCGGUGUUCAUGUUGUUGUCGGAACACCUGGUCGUGUAUUCGACAUGCUUAGGAGGCAAUCUCUCCGUGCUGAUCAAAUCAAGAUGUUUGUGCUGGAUGAGGCUGAUGAAAUGCUUUCCAGAGGAUUCAAGGAUCAGAUUUACGAUAUCUUCCAGCUAUUGCCACCUAAGAUCCAGGUGGGAGUGUUCUCCGCCACAAUGCCCCCGGAGGCUUUGGAAAUAACAAGGAAGUUUAUGAGCAAACCAGUCAGGAUCCUUGUGAAACGUGAUGAACUUACUCUGGAAGGUAUCAAGCAGUUCUACAUAAUGGUGGACAAGGAAGAAUGGAAGCUGGAGACUCUGUGCGAUCUGUAUGAAACCCUAGCCAUAACCCAGAGUGUUAUCUUUGUCAACACUCGACGAAAGGUGGACUGGCUAACAGACAAGAUGCGUGGCCGAGACCACACAGUCUCAGCCACCCACGGUGACAUGGACCAGAACACCCGUGACAUCAUCAUGCGCGAAUUCCGAUCCGGUUCUUCUCGCGUUCUCAUCACCACCGAUCUGUUGGCCCGUGGUAUUGAUGUUCAGCAGGUGUCCCUUGUUAUCAACUUUGACCUCCCAACUCAGCCUGAGAAUUACCUUCACAGAAUCGGUCGAAGUGGAAGGUUUGGGAGGAAGGGUGUGGCUAUCAACUUCUUGACAAAAGAAGACGAGAGAAUGAUUGCGGAUAUUCAGAAGUUUUAUAAUGUGACGGUUGAAGAGCUCCCCGCCAAUGUUGCUGAUCUCCUCUAAAUUCUAUGUGAGGUUUUUUUGAAAUGUAGUGAUUUAUGUUUAUUAGUAAUGUCUUUUUGUUUGCCUAAAUUAAACAUUUACUUGCUGCGCUCUCUGAACUUGUAAUGGUGGAUAAUGCGUUUCUCCAAAUUUGGGCGUGUUAGGAACCCCUUCCUUUAUGUUGCAAAUUUUGUUGUUUUUUCUGUUCUGUUUUCUAUAGAUUGAUUCUGAAAAAUUUAACAU